UGAUGAGGCACUGGCACAGGCUGUUCUGGGAAGUUGUGGAUGAGGCUCUGAGCAACCUGGUCAUGUUGAAGGUGUCCCUGCUCACGGAAGGGGGGUUGGAGCUAGAUGAUCUUCACCUUUCCAACCCAAAUUAUUUUAUGAUUCUGUGAAUUUGGAGACCCCUCCCAGUGCAUCAACUCUCUGGGAACGUGAGCUGCUCUGUCAGCUCCCAGAAGCUGCCCUACAGUGCGUGACUGUGCAUUCUCUACAGUGAGCUCCUCACAGCGCCCAGCACAGGGCGGGGAGCGCCUCUGUCGAUGAAUUAAUUACUUGAUUAAUUAAAACAACACUUUGUCAUUGUGAGUGUGCCUCGGCUGCCGGGAGGCGCGCUGGGACCUCCGGGCCGCCAGGCGGCGCUGCCGCCCCACGGCGCUGCCGGCGGUGCCGCUCUAGCGCGGUCAGCGCCACACGCGGCGCUUCCGGGAGCGACGGGCGCCGGGAGCCGCAGGAUGCAGCGGUGGCCAGUGGUGCUCUUCCUGGCCUGGGUUUGCUUUCUCUUUUUUGCUGGUAUCGGGCUCUUCAUGAGCGGCUUCUUGCUCACCCGGAUCGAGCUUGCCAGCAGCAGUUCCUGCUCAGACCCGCUCGUGCCUCCGCUUUGGGAGAGGCAGAGCCUCCCGCCAGGCUCCUGCUGGGCUCCCCAGCGCUUUUCCAAGGCUGUGCUCGUCAUCAUCGACGCCCUGCACUUCGAGUUCGCCCGCUUUGACCCCGCCAAGGCCAGCCCGCUGCCCUACGAGAACAAGCUGGGCGUGCUGCACCAGCUGGCCACCUCGCAGCCCCGCCACGCGCGGCUCUACCGCUUCCGAGCCGACCCGCCCACGGCCACCAUGCAGCGCAUCAAGGGCCUCACCACGGGCUCCCUGCCCACCUUCAUCGACGUGGGCAACAACUUCGCCUCCUACGCCAUCCAGGAGGACAACCUGCUGGCACAGCUGGUGCAGAACGGAAGGAGAGUGGUCUUCAUGGGCGAUGACACGUGGGAAGGACUCUUCCCAAAGAAGUUCUUCCGUUCCUAUUUCUUCCCUUCUUUUAAUGUGAAGGAUCUUCACACUGUGGAUGAUGGGAUCCUGCAGCAUCUCUAUCCAACUGUGGACAGCGGUGAAUGGGAUGUGCUGAUUGCUCACUUCCUUGGUGUGGACCACUGCGGGCACAAACACGGACCUGACCACCCCGAGAUGGCAAAAAAGCUCACCCAGAUGAAUGAGAUGCUCAGGUCCUUGGUGGAUCACCUGGGGAAUGACACUCUUCUUCUGGUGGCUGGGGACCAUGGCAUGACAGAAACUGGAGACCAUGGUGGCGACAGCGAGAAGGAAGUCAACGCAGCACUGUUUGUGUACAGCAGGACACCCCUGUUUGGCAGUGGCCCUCCAGAGGAGCCUGAAACCAUUCCCCAAGUGAACCUGGUGCCCACUGUGGCCCUGCUGCUGGGGGUGCCCAUCCCCUACAGUAAUAUUGGGGAGGUGAUGGCCGAGCUGUUCGCUGGGGACGGUGACGCUGUGUCUGCAGCCUUGCAGCAGCUCUCAGUCUACCACAUCAAUGCCAAGCAGGUGGAUCGCUUCCUGCAGUCCUACUCGCUGGUGGCUCAGGACCUGCCAGCAGAGCAGCUCCAGCACCUGCAGGAGCUCUUCUCCAGUGCUGUGGAGGAGCACACGCAGCUCCUGACCCAGGUGCAGGGGACGACAGUGCCUCCGGAGCUCAAGCCAAGGCUGGGAAGCCUCAUCGGUCGCUUCCAGCGCUACUUGAGAGAGGCACGGGCUGUGUGCACCCAGUCCUGGGCCCGCUUCCACCCCCUGCGUAUGGUGGGGGGCUGCAUCCUUAUUGCUUCCUCUUGCUUGCUCUGCUACAUGGCCUCAGAGCUGGCCGUGUCCUCACAAUCUCUCUGUCGCAGCUGCCUCCUGUACCCGCUCUUCUGGGGCCCUGUGGGGGCUGCUCUGCUAUGGCUGGUCCACGUUUUCACCCAGGAGGAGCUGGAUCUGCUCCUAGUGUCGUCGUGGGCAGCUGCUGCUUCUCAGCUGGGUUUUUUCUGGCACUGGUGGGGCCAGCAUCUCAAGAGAGCCCGUUUGACAGGGAGUCAGCCACCCUUGGCCAGUGGUGGCCUGAGGCAGAGGCUGCGAGCAUGGCUGGGGCUGGCCUUCCCCAUGGGCAUUCUGUUCUUCCGCUGCGGAGCUAUGUUCUCCGACAGCUUUGUUGUGGCCGAGGCGCGGGUGGCUCCGUUCCUGCUGGCCUCCCUGGUGAUGUUGCUAGUAGGGAAGCUCCACUGGGAUGGCCACCUGACUGUGCCAGAAGGUCCCAAGCAGCAGCUCCUUGGCGUUUCUUCUUACCGGAGAGAGAUCUGGUACCUGCUGUGCCUCGUGGCCAUGCUCCUGGUCUGCGUGCGCCUCUCCAGUUUCUUCCACCAGUGCCGCGAAGAAAUCCCUCAGUGCCGGCCCUCUGCUUUCCUCUCCCCACUUGCCAGCCUGAGAAACACACGGGCCAAGAACCUCUUCUACCUCCUGUGCGUGGCCUUGCUGGCUGGGCUGGUGUAUGCAGUGCAGAGCUGGCUAAGGCACUAUGGCAACCUGAACAGCUCAGACCCCCUCGUGCUCUUUGUGCGCUGGGGUUUCCCACUGGUGGUCCUUUGCAUUGCCUGCUACUGGGCCGUUGCCUCCAGUGCUGAUGACUCUCUUGGCAAGCUGCAGGAGCUGGUGCAGGUUGCAGUUGUUGUCUUUCCCAGGGCUGUCUAUGGACUAGCAUCCAUGGGACUGCUGCUCCUGCUGUGCAAUCCCAUGACAGUGUUUGCAAAGGACACACGGGAGUCGGCAGGAUCCAUUGUCACUCCCUACCUGGGGGUCCCUGGCUCUGAAGUCGACUUCCUCCACGUCAUCCCUCAGAUCUACAAGAGGAUGCAGGAGUCUCAGAAGAGCCGGCUGGAGCGGGGCAGCUGCAGGGCCACUGUUGCAGCAUAUGGGCUGGGCAGCGUGUACUCAGCAGCCCUGGUCAUAGCCCUCACCCUGCUGGCCUUCCUCUUGAUGCUUCUGCACAGCGAGCGGCUGAGCUUUGCCUUCCUGCUCCUCUUCCUGGAGGCCUUUGUGCUGCUGCACAUCCACACGUGUGCCAGAGGCCUUGCUGGAGAUGCUGAGCUGUUUUCAGUGCCGUGGUAUGCAGUGAUCUCCUGGCUCCUUGCUGCUUCACAGUUCUUCUAUUCCACAGGCCACCAGCCUAUCUUCCCAGCCAUCCACUGGAAUGCAGCCUUUGUUGGCUUCCACCUCGACCACAGCAUGAAUGUCCUGCCUGCUGUCCUGGUGGGAGCCAACACCUUUGCCUCCCAUAUCCUCUUCGCAGUUGGCUGCCCACUGCUCCUGCUGUGGCCCUUUGUGUGUGAGAUGUCCAGCUCACAGAGGAAGAAGCCCAAGAAGGAGUCCCGGGAGGCGCUGCAGGAGGUGCAGGAGCACAUGAUGGAAAUGAGGCUGCGGGAGUCUCCAGAGGAGUUCUCCACUGCUCUGCUGCGGCUGGGAUUGAAGUACCUGUUUGUCCUUGGGGCACAGCUUCUGGCCUGUGUUUGUGCAGCUAUGAUCCUCAGGAGACACCUCAUGGUUUGGAAGGUCUUUGCCCCAAAGUUCCUCUUUGAGUCGCUGGGCUUUGUGGUGAGCAGCAUCUGCCUCUUGCUGGGGAUCUCCCUGGUGAUGCGUGUGGACUGUGCCGUCAGCACCUGGUUCAGCCAGCUUCAGCUGAGCAGAGGAGGUCAGAGCUCUCACUGGGCCUUUGCUGGCAGCAGGAGGACUCUGCUGCAGGAGCCUAAGAAGCAAGAGUCCUGAAGUGCUCCUCUGGAGAAACACCAACAGGGAUCUUGCUGGUACUUUCCUGACACCUGCCACAAUGUGCAGCUGGUAGGCUUCAGUGGCCAGCAAGGUGUCACCUUGACUGUGCAAAGACUCACGGGAUGGAGCUGGCUGAGGAGGGGAGAGGAGGUUGGAAGGGGAGGGAAUGUCCCACAGCCCCCACUUGUUUUCACACGCUUGGUUUUCACGCUGGAAUCACACUGCACAUGGUUCCAUGCAGAUGGUUCCUGGAGCCUCGGUGGCAGCUACUCCUCUGUAAAGUCAGUCAGUUGCUCCGUAGUGAGGCCUCUCUUGCCCUACACUCAGUUCAGUCCCACUUCCCUGGUUCCCCUCAGCCCUGUGAAGUGCAGUGGGGAGCACUCUGGGCUGCCUUGUACAUCAGGCUUGGGCCAGUGGUAGCAGGGACAGCUGUGUGCAUGACCAAGAAAUUCUCCACUUCUGUUCUCAACCUGUCAGGGUCCCUCUGGGCUGGGUGGUAGCAGCCAGUGCUCUUGAUCUCUUCCUGGCUGUGUGCUGCUGGAUGCUGGCUGUUGACUGUGAGCAGUUAAGAUGCAGGAGGAUGUAGUGACAGGAUGUGGGCUCACACCCUGCUGGGCCUGGCCAGCAGGAAAGGGGAAUCUGGAGUAGGUGUCCCAGCUGCAGGAAUAGCCUUGGUGUGAGCUCCAGAGCCUGAGAAGAGCUACUUGAAAGUCUGGAGCUAGCACCAAUUCUUUUGGGAAGUGGUUUAGCUCAGCUGGUGUCUGUGUGUGUGUGCUGGGUGCUGUGGACUAGAUGCAGUCAAUCACAUCCAUGAUCCCAUCUUUGGGGCUUUUCUCCCUCUUGGCCUUGGCAUUCUCUGUGAGACUUCAUGUCACAAGUAAGCUAUGCCAAACAUGCCCUUGACUGCUCACAGUCAGGAGGCAUGGUGUUUCUUUCUUUAUGGGCAUAGGUAGAGGGUGGUGACCAUGGUGCCUGGCCACAUCCCAGCUCAAUUCUUCCUUCAGUUUCCAUUGGAGCUGGGAUUCCUUACUGCCCCGAACCACUGUGUGGCAUUACUUGGUGCUAUGAAACCUUUUGUCUCUUUCCUCUCUGGAAAGAGACAAGGACUGCAUGCCUGGGAUUUCUGCAAUGAUAUUUGCCUGAUCCCAUUAAUUUUUAACUCAUGCACCAUGACUGCCCCUGUUUGAGUUCAUUACUGCAGACUGUUAGCAUAACUCCAGGCUCCUCUUCUCCUCUGCCCUGCAGAGUCCCAGGGAAAAUCUCUCUCAUGAUUUCAUUUCUUGCCAUUUUUCCCAAGUGCCCGGUUGCUGUGGUUCUUGAGGGCAGGUGGAAUUAUGCAUUUUACCCCUGCAAAACGCCUGCUCAGUUGUUCAGAUGCAAUUCCAGGAAGGCUUAAACUGUUCUUAUAUUAGGUUUCCAUUGCCUGGCCUGCUCCUGAUCUGCUGGCUGUGCUCUGCUACCUCAGCCUCUCAUGUCCUCUGCUCAGUUUCACCUGCCAGAAGCAGGGACUGGUUUGUAGCUGGCAUCACACCCUGGCCUGCCUCGCUGCCUGGAUGCACAACACCAGUGCUAGCACAAGGAUGGGGUAGUGAAAGACAGUGAGGGAAGCUGAAAGCUACAGGAAUGCAUCAGCCCACAAUUAAAAUGGGCUUAGGCACACCCUUAAAAAUAGGUUAUUUGCUAAAAGCUGACUCCCUGGUGCCUGUGUGCUUCUGAAGGCACAAGGGGUGCAUCAACAGGGGGAGGAGGAAGGGGGUGGAGGUGGCAGUUACCCAGUAAAUUUUCAUUUAAUGUGAGGUUAAUCUGGCUAGCACAUGUUGCUAAACCUCAAGGCUGGAGCUCAAAUUGGACUUGUUGUAACCUCAUGACCUGGUCAGGAGCUUUCUGCCUGCCUGUAUUUGUGCUGGCAGAAGUCCCUGUAGCCACUGAUAAUGUAGGACUGGCCUCUGAUGUCCCUGCAGCUGCCACCCAGGCCCCUUGGCUUCCAUCUCUGGGACUUGUUUCUCUUCUCACUGGUCACUCCAGUGCAGCUGAGCCUUCCCAUGCCCAGUGUUCAUGGCUGCAGCACUCACACGGGGCUUGGGAUUCCUCUCCUCACCCCUGCAUGCCACCCCUCUGCCACGUGUGGGCUCGUGGUCCUGGGAGGCCAGGGAGAGCAGAAGGAACAGCAGAGCUGUUGUGUCAUCAAAGGACACACUUAUCUUGCCAGAGACUAAACAAAACUUGCAGUAGAGGAGCUGCAGGUGCAUCCUUGUCACUGCAGAGAUGCCAUGGAGUGCUGGCUGCUCGGACACAGCAGACUGGCUGCUACACCAAAGAUUUCAGAUUCAUGGAGAUGAGUUUUCCAAGGGCUGGAGAUGCUCUUGCUUUGUUUCAUUGACUGUUUCAGUCUUUGUCAGCCUUCCUCAGCUGCCCUCAAGCUGAUUGUUUGGCUGCCAUUCUUCUGAUGGGGAUCACAGAGUUAAUGCCAGUCUAGGGCCUGGCAACCUUGGAAGCAGAUCAUGCUGCUGAUGCUAGAGCAGACAGGGCUGUGUUUGCUGACUUAAAACCCCAGGAGGGGGUUGCUUCCUAGUCCAAACCAAGCUUUUUGGGAAAUCUGGAGUGCUGGGGAGUUGUUUUGCCCCACAUCCCUCCAAAGAGGUUGUUGUAGGGUCCCACUUGGCUCUCCUAGAUGAGUUACUCCAGGCAGUUUUUUUCUGGUCCCUGUGUCCCUGUGCUGAGUGUGACAGGGGACAGGGUGCUCAGCUGAGCAGUUUUCAUCCUGCACUCCACAAUCUUUCUGCACUUUGGGCUUUGCAAGCGUUGUGCGUGUGUUUCUUGGCAGGGGAGAGCCAUUGGGAAACUGCUCUGGCUCAGGCCCAUGGUGUGUCCCAUGGUCCUGGGACAGAACAAAAAUUCACUUGUGUCUCUUUUUUGCUGCCUAGAAAAUAGUGACCAAAAGCUGUGGCCACUGUGAAGAGUUGUGAGUGUUGGGAGCACCUGCAGCUCUGGUCCGUGGGGCUAACACGGAUCCCAAGGGAUGGCACUGUUUGGGGAGCCCAGGGCUCUUUCCAGCUCUGUUCCCACAGCCAUUCCUCUGUCCCACCUCUCCCUGUUUUUCCCUCAACUCUUCAGGCUGCUUUUUUAUGCCAAGGCACAGUCCCAGUCUCGGUGUGCAUGCCCCCCUUCCCCUCAGGAAGCAGCAGAGCCAGUGUGGGGAGUAGGGCUGGGGAGCCCUGCUCUCUCCUCUGAACCCUGACUCAGAGCACCACGUGGCUUGGAGCAAGAUUGUCGUUUAAUUUUUUAUUAACCUCUUUGUACCUCAGUCCCUCAUUUGGGAAAAAAAAAAAAAAAAAAAAAGGGGAUUAACCCAGUUGUGGAAAGCAACCUGGGAGCUCUGCAUGCAGCGUGGUGCUACACUUUCCUGGGUAUCUACAUAUCUGGCUGUCAAUGCUUUCAUUCACAUCCAGCAGCUACACCUGGAAGGUGGAAGCCAUGCUCAAGUCUCUGCUUGAGGGAAGCAGAGCCUUCUUCUUUCCAAAAAACCCUCCAAAACAGGCAAGUUGGCUGUGCUUGUUCACCUGGUGCCCUGGCAAGGCAGCCAGGAAGGGGGCGCUCCGGUGUUAAAUUGCAUAAUUAAUUAAUUAAUCGGGAGUAGGGGGGAGGCGCGAUUUGCUGUCCCAGGGUGGCACGGGGCUUGGGCAGCUGUGAAAAUGAUGUCUGCAAAUAAAACGGCGAGAGCCAAGGGGA